GUCAGUGAAGACUCGAUCUGACACUCUUCUGCUGGGAUUGGGCUCUUCUGGAAACUGGACUUUAGAGAAAUGAUGCUGAUCUUUGGACUGAUGCUGCUGCUGCAAACUGCUGCGUGUCUGGAUCGGUUCUACAGGUUUGAUCAAUCUGAUCCCUGUUACGCAGCUCUGGGACACAAACUCAAUCUGCUGACGGUGCUGGACGCUAGAGAAUAUGAGCUGAAAAUAAUAAAGAGAAUAAACAACAACACACAAGAUGAUCGAGUUUGUAGAGUAAAAUAUGGCAGGAUAAAGGAAUGUGAUCUUUAUAAUAACAGACCUGAAGUGACAGUCAUUAAUGGGACUGUGAUAAUAAACCGUGUGAUCAAAACAGAUUCAGGGAAUUACAGAUUAACACUCGAACGCUCAGACGGCACAGAAACAUCUAGAGAUCUUCAAGUGAUUGUUGAAGCUCCUAUUGGCUCAGUGGAAGUGUCAAUCAUCUGCUCCUCCAGUGGGGUGAUGAGGGUGUCCUGCUCCUCUGAGGGGGAUCCGCUCCUCUACAGCUGGACUCUGAAUGGAGAUCCACUGAUGGAUGGAAACAGCAGCAUUGAUCUGGAUGAGGGAACUGAUGGAGACAUCAGCUGCAGCGUGAAGAACCACGUCAGUCACACACAGAAGACCAUUAGACUAGUGUGUCCUACUGCUGGAGAUACAGAGCUCAUAUACGCUGAUAUCUCUCAUGAGAAAAAGGGUGAAAAGGAGAAUACAGGGUUAUGA